UGCGUGUGUCAGUGGUAGACGCUAGUUGUUUGUUUUUAGAUAGAGUAAAUACCCUUAUCGGUUUUUGUACUGUAUUCUCAGAUUUAUAAGAAUGCUAAGCCAGAGCCUAAAUGCAAACGGUCCAAGAGGGCCAAACUUUGCCCAGAUUCUGAAGAUGAAUGUGGCUCCACGUCUUGGCUUCAGACAGUUUUCCUUGGCACCUCGAUUUUCAUUUCCCUCUAAUAGCUCAAGCCUGAAAUCAAAAGAAGAGGAAGUUGUUUCCAAACCUGAUAAAUUUGGCCAGAAUCCAUUUUCACAACCAGAACUUAUUUCUGAUGAGUUUCUUGAAAAAUGUAGAGAUGGCACAAUCCAUGCUGUUUCAGCUUUGUAUCAGUUGUCCCAGGUUCAACAGUUUGUGCUUGAAUUUAAAGAAACCACAACUCCAGAUAGCAAUCCAGGAUUAUUGUUUGCCUUCUGUGCUGUGAUCAAUGGAAUUAAGUAUAAAACAGGACUGGGAAAGAAGAAGAAAGAUGCCAAAGCCUCAGCUGCAAAGCUAGCACUUGAUGAGCUGCUUCAGACCCUUGUCCCUAAGUCAGUAAUUAAGGAAACAACAGAAGGAUCACCUCUAUUGCCAAUAAAUUCAAAUGAUGUAUCUUGCCCUAAGUCCAUAUCUGGCAAAUUUGGUCAUGGCAUAAAUACAUCUCCAUUUUCAAGGAUCACAGAAUGUGUUCAACGUUUGUUUAACAGUCUUCUUGAUAAGUACCCUGAGUUCUAUAGUUGUGGAAGCACAGUGGCAGCAUUUAUUAUUGAGUCACCUACAGUAUGUGAAGUUGUGGCAUUGGGAACUGAAACCUGUAACACUAGUGAAAAUGUUACUGGAAAUGGACGGAUAGUUCAUGACUCCCAUGCUGUUGUAACAGCAAGACGCUCCCUUCUUCGUUAUUUUUACAGGCAACUCUUACUUUUCUACAGUAGAAAUAGCUCAGUGGUGGAGAAAUCUAUUUUUCAGCCAGACAAUACUACCAAGCUACUAUGUCUCAAACCUAACAUUACUGUUCAUCUUUACCUGAAUCAGCUGCCAAAAGGAACUUCUCAAUUUCAUUUGCAGAUGAGAUUGAACCCACACUCAGCAGCAACUUACGAACUGAACAACCAGUUGGGAUUGCAUGUAAAUGUGGAAGGAAAUUUGUUCUCUGUAUUUUCCUGCCAGUUUAAUCAAGUGGAUACUAAAUUAAUGAGUAUAUCUGGCAUUGACAAGCUGACUCAGUGGGAAGUACUUGGCUUUCAAGGAGCUUUGCUUAGCCAUUUCAUUGAGCCAGUUUAUAUAAGCAAUAUUAUAAUAGGAGGUGUAGACUGUAAUGAUGUUGGAGGUAUGGAAAUCGCACUUAAGCAAAGAGUUGAUGGAAUCACAUCAAAGCUACCCUUGUACUACUGUGUCUAUAGACCUCAUAUUAGCAUAGUACCUGCAGUUUUCCCCCACAGAGUAAAACCUGCACAGAAGUUCAUUGGUUUAAAUUGGAUCCAAGGUGACCUAUCUCUGGAAGUUGUGGAUGGUAAAAUUGGUAAAUCAGUGGAAAGCUCACCCUUUAAAACUGGUGCAGGAAUGGCAAGUCGCCUGUGUAAAGCUGCUAUGUGGAGUCGUUUCAAAUUGGUUGCAAAAGAAGCAAACAGAAAAGAUCUGCUUAAUUGUGUGACAUACAAAGAAGGAAAGGUGAUGGCCAAACCUUAUCAGGAGGCAAAAAAUAUCUUCAGGACCUAUCUACACCAGCAUGGUUUUGGCACCUGGAUAACAAAAUCUCCACUAAUUGAACAGUUCUCCAUCUGAAAGAAGAGUCUGUAAUAGAAUUCUGCUAACUGGAAUACAGCACUUUACAAUAUAGUUUU